AUGAGAGCAAAACAAGAACAGCCCAUGAUCAGCAACGAAGCCAAGAAGACAAGGGAUCAGCCUGAUUUGACAGAAUGCCAGUCUUGUGGCCUCCGCAUCUCCUCCCAUAAGAGACUCGAGAUUUUAUACAGUGAGUGGCGAAUCAUCCUUCUUUGUGCAAAAUGUUUUAACCUUGUCGAGUCUUCCAAAAUUUGCUCUUAUUGUUUCAGACAAUCAUCUGAUAAGACUAAGUGUUUUCGUUGUUGCCAAUGUAAAAGGGUUGUUCAUAAAUCUUGUUUUGCAAAACGUAAGACUGUUGCCCCUUGGUCGUAUUCUUGUUAUGAUGACGGUGGUGAUUUUUCUGUUUGUGUUGAUUGUUGGGUGCCGAAAUCGGUUGCUGUUAAAAGGGGAGAGGUUUGUAGGGUUAGUAAGAGGAGGAAUGAUUCUAGGGUUUUGGGUAGUAGUUUGGAGGAAGUGGUGAAAGAUGCUAAUUGUGCGGUACAGGAGAAGGUUGAGGCUGCGGUUAGGGCUAGAGAGUUGGCUGUGAGGAAGGCUUUGGAGGCGAGGAAGGCAGCGGAGGUGGCUAGGAAAGCAUUGGAUUUGGUGGCUAGUAAUGAGGGUGUUAAGGAUAAUAAUAAUAAUGUUGAUGAUUUUGAAUUGGCAUUUCGGUUGCAUCAAGCAAUGAAUAGCUCGCCUCGGAUUUCAAGUAAUUUGUGCUUGGUUAAUUUGAGUUGUUUGGGUGUUAGGAUAGGAGAAGGUAAUGGUGAAACACAGAUUAUAAAUUCAGAUAUCAGGAAUCCUGGUACUUAUUGGAAGCUUGAAAGUUUUGUGAGUAAAAGAUUGGACAUGGAGCCUUGGAAAUCCAAUGGAAACAGUGAUGGUAGAAUUGGACCACAUGCUAAGAAAGAUGGGAACGUGGGCAUACAAUUGAAGCAGCGAGAAGGCAGCUUUUUCAACAAGUUGAUAAACUCAAGGGGGAAUGAUCGUAGUGUGAACUCUGAUUCUCAAUCUUAUAGGGAAGGAAAUGAGUCUAUGAAACCUGAAGAUAAAAGAUGCAAGAGAAAGCAUGAUCGCUAUCUGCUGAAGUAUAGUAGGAAAAAGGUUUUGUUCAAGUAUAGUAGAAGAAAGGUUCUGCGCAAGUAUAGUAGGAGAAAGUUAGAUAAGAGGUUAAUUCCAGAUGGCAGGCUCAAGUUCCUUUAUGAAGGGUUGCUCUCAAGACUUGGGCUUCCGCAACAAAACAACUGCUAA